CGACGAUUUCAAUCAUAAUAGAAACGUAUAGGUGAUUCUAGUUCAGGUCCGAUUUUUGUAUUAUACUUCGGGUAAAAAAUCGAGAUAUAUCAAAACAUCAUGACAAGAUAUGAAGAGACCAAAAAAACGUACAAAUAUCUCAAAUAUGCCAAGCCAGAACAAGGCGAAGAAGUUGUUAUUUCUGGAUUCGCGGGUAGAUUUCCAGAAUCCGAUAAUAUGGAGAAAUUGAAAGAUAAUCUUUUUAACUGCAAAGAUUGUAUCACCACUGAUGAACGCCGUUGGAAACUAGAACAUUCAGAAAUUCCAAAGCAAACCGGCAAAAUUAACAAUAUUGAAAAAUUCGAUGCCGUAUUUUUUGGAACACAUUUCAAGCAAGCUCAUAUGAUGGAUCCAAUGAGCAGAAUGAUUCUUGAACAUACUUACGAAGCUAUAAUAGAUGCUGGGAUUAAUCCAGAAGAUAUUCGAGGAACAAAAACAGGUGUAUUCAUUACUAUAUGUUUCUCAGAUACUGAGGCAACUUUAUUUCAAAGCACUUUUCAGGUAGAUGGCUUCGGUGUCACGAUCUGUAGCAGAGAUAUGGUGGCUCAAAGUAUUUCGUAUUGGUUGGGUGUAAUAGGACCAUCAUACAACGUAGAUACUGGAUGUAGUUCUGGUCUUUACGCGAUGGAACACGCUUAUAGGGCUAUACUUAGUGGAGAAUGCGAUUAUGCGAUAGUCGGUGGAUCAAAUCUUUGCCUCCAUCCAUAUGCGUCUUUACAAUUUGCUCGUUUAGGUGUGUUGAAUCUGGAUGGUUGCUGCAAGGUUUUCGAUGACAAUGCAAAUGGUUACACGCGUAGUGAAUGCGUCUCAGUAGCAUUUUUACAAAAAGCAAAAACUGCUAAGAGAAUCUAUGCUACGAUUGUUCAUACGAAAACGAAUUGUGAUGGUUAUAAAAAAGAAGGAAUAACGUAUCCAUCUAAAAAAAUGCAAAGUACUCUUUUCGAAAAAUUCUACAAAGAAUGCGGUGCAUUAAUGACUUGUAUUCCUUACAUCGAAGCUCAUGGUACCGGAACGCGGGUCGGAGAUCCUGAAGAACUGAAUUCCAUAGAUCAGAUUUUCACUAAGAAUAGAGCUAACCCUCUUAAAAUUGGUUCCAUCAAAUCGAACAUCGGGCAUACCGAAGGAGUUAGUGGAAUUUGUUCCAUUGCUAAGGCGAUAAUAUCGAUGGAGACGGGCAUAAUACCGCCAAAUAUUAAUUUAAAUACACCACGCAAAGAUGUAAAAGGUUUUAGAGAAGGACGAAUCGAUAUUGUUACGCAGUUAACUCCGUUAGAUGGUGAAUACAUAGCCAUUAAUUCUUUUGGCUUCGGUGGUUCUAAUGCUCACCUUUUACUCAAAUCAAAUUCAAAAAUAAAGAUCAAGAAUGAAAUAGCAGAUGAUUUGCCUAGACUUGUAGCUGUAUCAGGAUGUACUUCGGAAGCAGUCAAAACUAUAUUGAAUGAGAUCGAUAAUCGACCGAUAGACAUUGAAUUUAUUCGCCUUUUUCACGAUAUUCAUAAAAAAGCAAUACCAGGUCACUUUUAUCGAGGAUACGUGAUAACUGAUAUGAAACAAUCUGACACGAAAAUAUGGGACAUUGAAAAAUUUUCUGAUACGAAGAAACCAAUAUGUUUCGUCUUUCCUGGAAUGGACUCGCAGUGGCCCGGAAUGUGUAAAACACUGAUGAAAUUUCCAACAUUCGCUAAAGUAAUAGAGAAAUGCGACGCUGUUUUAAAACCGCAUGAGCUCCAUAUUUAUCAGAUUUUAACUAAAACAGACAAUAGCAUAUUAGACAAUAUCUUGCACUCCUUCGUCGGUAUUGUUGCAAUUCAGAUCGGCUUGGUAGACCUUUUAACUUCAGUAGGAGUACUACCGGACUACAUAAUUGGAUAUUCCGUGGGUGAACUUGGUUGUGCAUACGCAGACGGAAGCUUGACACUGGAGGAAACGAUAUUGGCAGCGUAUUCGCAAGGAAUAUCCGUAAUAGAAGCAAAAAUACCUCAUUGUUCUGUGGCCGUAGUUGGGCUUGGUUAUAAAGAUUUAAUAAAUUUAUGUCCUAAUGAUAUCGACGUCGUGUGUCAUAACGGACCCGAAAGUUCAACAAUUACCGGAUCAGCUGAAUCAUUGGAAGCAUUUGUUGAAAAGCUACAGGCAAACGAAAUUUUUGCAAAAGUGGUGUCGGAGAAAAAAAUACCGUACCACAGCCGUUAUAUCGCUCCAGCUGAAAGCAAUCUUUUGGCAAAUUUGAAAAAAGUGAUACCAGUAGCAAAGCAUCGAAGUUAUAAGUGGUUGAGUACAUCGGUGCCACAAAACGAAUGGUCGAGUGCACGAUUCUCGUCGGCCGAAUAUCUUACUAAUAAUUUGUUGAAACCUAUAUUUUUUGAGGAAACGUCGAGUUUAAUUCCUAACAAUGCCAUUUCCAUUGAAAUUACGCCGCACAGCCAAGUAGAAGAAAGGAAAUCAUUGCAAAAAACGGUUAUUGCAUUAACUCAGAAAGGUCACAAAGAUAACGUAAAAGUUUUCCUAGAAGGAUUAGGGAAACUGUAUAAUGGUGGGUUACAGCUUGAUCUUGCUAAACUAUACUCACCUGUAGAAUAUCCUGUAAGUCGAGGCACUCCAAUGAUAUCCCCUCAUAUUCGGUGGGACCAUUCCAACGACUGGUUCACAAUGAAUUUCGAUAGGCAAGAGCAGCUUGUCGCCGGAGAACGAAUUGUUACAAUAGCGUACACCACUGAAGAAUUCAAAUACAUAAAGGGUCAUGUUGUUGAUGGUAGAAAUUUGUUUCCUGGAACAGGAUAUUUAUGCUUAGUGUGGGAAACAUUGGGAAUGACGAUAGACAAGCACUACUCAGAUAGGUCCGUUGUCAUGGAAAAUAUAAAAUUUAGUCGAGCAACAACAAUUCCCAGUGAGGGCAACGUCAAAAUGAUUGUCAUGAUUCAGAAAGGUAGUGGUAAAUUUGAGGUAGUAGAAGGAAGUGCUGUUGUUGUCAGUGGAAAGAUUCGUCUUGUCGAAACGAAUUUAUUAAAGGAGAAAAUACCCGCUGAUGUAAUCAAGAAAAAUUUUAAAAAUGAAGAAGAAGAAUUGAAUGAAAAGGAUAUUUAUAAAGAGUUGAAGUUACGUGGUUAUCAAUAUAGCGGUCUCUUCCGCAGCAUACGCAGUGCGUCACUAUCGGGCAGGAAAGGACACAUUGAAUGGAAAAACAAUUGGGUAGCGUUUAUGGAUAAUAUGUUACAAAUGAAAAUCAUUAAUGCAGAUACUAGAGAUUUAUUGGUGCCGACUGGAAUUCAAAAAUUAGUAAUAGAUACCGAAGCUCAUGAAGAGUAUCUUCAAAGUUUGACUUCUAAUGAAAAAUAUGCCACGUUUGGUCAGAAUAUGUAAAAUAUUUUAUAAUAG